AUGAACUCGCACGCCAACAUGAAUGGAAUCAAGACCGAGGGAACGGAGGGACUUAUGGGAUUCUCGUUCGAUCCAGAGAAUCUUCUGGACGAACAGAACUUUGCUCAGGCCUCGCAGCUCAUCGAGAGCCUGUCUGGCGUGGACAUGGGCCUGGGCGACGGCAGCAUGGAUGGACAGGGGGGCGACGUGGCGCAGGCCGAUCUGCAGUUCAUCACCGACCUGGCCAAUCGGCUCAACAGCAACUGGGCGCAGAAGGGCGGCCAGGGCGGGAACACCGACGAUCUCAGCGCCUGGCUCCACACGCUGCAGGGCGUGAGCGAGGGCGACAUGAUGGUCGAAGGCAGCCAGGCCUCUGAGGAGGAGGACGAGGCCAGGCAGCGCUACCUCGGCUCGCUCACCUUCGACGUGGCCGACAGCCACCUGCACGCCGGGCCCAAGCUCAUCCCCGGCGACGACGUCCUCCUGCGGCCCGUGCGCACCCUCAGCCCGCUCGGCGUCGAGGUCCAUACCGACAGCGGACACACCAUCGGCACCCUCCCGCGCACCGUAGCCGCCUGGGUGGCGCCCCUGCUCGACCUGCCGCGCGUCAAGGUCUCGGCCCACCUGCCCAACGAUCUCGACAACGGCCUCGCCGUGGUGCUCAAGUUCUACUUCCGCCUCAUACCUUCCGCCUCCUCCUUCACCGCCGCCGCCACCUUCUCCGAUCCUCUUCUCCUCGAGCCCAUAGAGCGCGGCGCACUGCAGCACCUCGCCCAGGCCCUCGGCCGGGACCUGCUCGAUCUCCUCCCGAACGCCGUGCUCAACGACGUGCUCUCAUCAUCAUCAUCGUCGUCUUCAUCAUCGCUCACGUCAUCAUCGGCGUCCAUCGCGCCGCUCUCGUCUCCCUUCGCCUCGCGCAACGGCAUCGUCAGCUCGGGACCGGUGGCUGGCUCGUACAGUAGUAGCGGCGUGCUGAACAGCAGCGCGGGCGGCAUCAGCGGCAUCAUCGGCGGCGGGGUCAUGGGCCAGCUGCCCAAGAAGCGCGAGCUGACGGUGUCGUGCCCGAUGCUGCCGCAGGCCGUCAACAAGCGCGCCCGCACAGGCGAGGGCAACCGAUUCCUCGAUAGCGAGUUCGGCAAUCCCGCGGGCGAGCCGACGGCCAACGAGCUGCAGCAGCUGCUGGGCGGCCUCAACGGCCAGCACGCCGAGAUCGCCGAGAUGGAGCCCUCGCCCGCGCUCAUGCUCACGCUGCGGUCCUACCAGAAGCAGGCGCUCGGCUGGAUGGUGGCGCGCGAGCGCUCGACGACGGAGAUCCUGGAGCUGCACGAGAGCGCGCGCCGCGUGCUGCCCGCCGAGUGGAAGGAGUACACGACCAGCACCGGGCGCAAGUACUACUACAACGACACGACCAAGUUCACCACGUGGGAGUUCCCCGUCCAGCACGAGCCCAUCAAGCCCACCGACUCGUCGAAGGUGUCCGUGCGCGGCGGCAUCCUGGCCGACCAGAUGGGCAUGGGCAAGACCAUCGAAGUCCUCUCCCUCAUCCUCACCAACCAUCAGCGCGACCCGCACUCGGACUUUGCCAAGACCAACCUGGUCGUCUGCCCGCUCUCCGUUCUCACCCAAUGGCUCGACGAGAUCAGAUCUCAUACGGCGAGCGGGCAUAUUUCGAUUUACGUAUACCACGGCGCCAAUAGAGUAAGAGACCCCGCGUUCCUGGCCAAGCACGACGUGGUCAUCACCACCUACUCCACCCUCGCGGCCGAGCUCCCCAGCGAGAAGAAGGGCAAAGCCUCAUCACCCGAGGCCAUAGCCGAGGCCAAAGCCAAACGGCAACAGCGGAAGGGCGAUCCGCAGGGCGCGGCCCUGAUUCAGGUGCCGUGGUAUCGCGUCCUUUUGGACGAGGCGCACACAAUUAAGGAUCGUUCCACACGCACCGCCAAGGCCGCCUUCGCUCUCAAGGCGCAGCGCCGGUGGGCAGUCACCGGCACCCCCAUCCAGAAUAAGCUAGACGAUCUCUACUCACUGCUGCACUUCCUGCGCCUGUCGAAGACCAAGUUCAACGCCUUCAUCCAGGCGGGCUCCGUGCUCAAGAACUACGCCCACAUCCUGGAGCUGCUGCUGCGCCUGCGACAGGCCUGCAACCACCCCUACCUCGUCCUCCACGCCCGCCAGCCCGCGGCCUCCUCGGCCGAAGCGCCCCAGCUGAUGAUGCGCUACCUGGCCGAGCUGCGCGCCGGGCAUCAGGUCGUUCCGCCGCCGGCCCUGCGCGAGCUGCUGACCCGAUGGGCCGACGAGGAGUGCGUCAUCUGCCUCGAGCCGGUCGACGAGCCCGCCCUGACCCCGUGCGCGCACGUCUUCUGCAAGGCCUGCAUCCUGCGCCAUCUGCUGGCCUCGCCCGGCACCUCGUGCUGCCCGACCUGCAACCAGCAGGUGCUGCCCAACGACCUCAUCCCGCUCCCCAAGCCCGACAAGGACAACAUGCCGGCCGACCCGGCCGCCUCGGCCGAGGGCAACAACCACAAGGCCGCCCUCGCCGCCAAGUGGAAGAGCUCGACCAAGAUCGACGCCCUCAUGCAGUCCCUCUGCGACCUCCUCGCUCGCGAUCCCGGCAUCAAGUCCAUCGUCUUCUCCCAGUGGACCUCCAUGUUGGACUUGGUGGAGAUUCCCUUACAGGAGGCGGGCAUCCGCUUCGUGCGCUUGGACGGCAGCAUGCCGCAGGCCCACCGCGAGAACCACAUCCGCACGUUCCGCACGGACCCGGGCGUGAACGUGUUCCUGGUGUCGAUGAAGGCCGGCGGCCUCGGGCUCAACCUCACGACGGCGUCGCACGUGUUCCUGCUCGACCCGUGGUGGAAUCCGGCGACCGAGGACCAGGCCAUCGACCGCGUGCAUCGUCUGGGACAGGUGCGGCCCGUGGUGGUGACCCGGUUCGUGGUGAAGGACACCAUCGAGGAGCGCAUCCUCGAGCUCCAGCAGAAGAAGAAGCAGCUCGCCCAGGGCGUCAUGAUGCGCAACAAGGAGCUCCGCCAGAUCCGCAUCGAAGAGCUCCGCCUUCUCUUCCGCGACUAA